AUGAGUCACGUACAUUGGAUUGGCACCGCUAUCGCUGGUGCACCAUUCGGCGCAGCAAUGGUCGCUGUCUAUAUCUCAGCUAAUAGCUACAUCAUUGACACAUACCAACGUUAUACUGCUUCGGCAGUUGCUGCAAAGACAUUCCUUCGAUCUCUUGUCGGUGCGACUGUCCCUCUGUGGGUCAACCAGAUGUAUGCAGGUAUGACACCUCAGUGGGCAUCAACGUUAUUGGCCUUCUUGGCUAUUCUAGCCAUGCCAAUUCCAUUCGUGUUCUUCUACGGCUAG